AGCAUAUGACAAGAUGACAUCUCCAAAGUUUGUCUUCUAUCUGAUGUGUUUGUUCUUGGGGAAAAUGGCUCAGAUGAUUGAUGAGAAAUCAUCCUCAUCUGUUCAUCAAGAGAGACGUUUUGUAUCAGCUUACGCUGGAGAAAAUGUGACUUUGCGAUGCAUCUAUAAAGAUCUUUCAUCGUGGCUUUACUGGUACAAACAUACUCUGGGACAGAAACCAAGGCUCAUCUCUUCCACCUAUGUGUACCAUACAAGUCCAACUUUUUAUCAUGAAUUCAAGAAUAAUUCACGCUUCACAUUGGAUACCGGAAAUAAUACAACUCACGUAACAAUUUUUGAUUUGUACAUCUCAGACUCAGCUACGUACUACUGCGCAGUUGGCUCUAAAUUUGUCUUGAAUUUUGCGGAGGGAACUACUGUCAAUAUAAAAGGUUCAGGUUUGAACAUCCCAGCUUUGGUCCAUCGGUCAUCUGACACCAUCCAGACAGGAGACUCUGUGACUCUGAACUGUACAGUACACACUGGCAGCUGUGAUGGAGAACACAGUGUUUACUGGUUCAAAAACUCUGAAGAAUCUCAUCCAGGACUCAUUUACACCCAUGGAGGCAGGAAUGAUCAGUGUGAGAGGAAACCCAACAAACAAACACACACCUGUUUCUACAACCUGCCAAUGAAGAGCCUGACUCUUUCUCAUGCUGGAACCUACGAAUGUGCUGUUGCUUCAUGCGGACACAUACUGUUCGGAAACAGGACCAAGCUGGACUUUGAAGAUGAGGUUGACUCUCUUGUGUAUUUCUUGAGUGGAGCUUUGGCACUCACCACCAUCCUGGUUGUUUUACUGGCUUUCUCAGUGCACAAGAUGAUAAAUAGAACCAACUGCCAAUGUACAGAGUCUCCAGCAAGAUUAUCAACUCCCUCCACAGCACAUGCAGAGGGUUACCGGAACGCAGACAGCCUUCAUUAUGCUGCUUUAAGUGUCAACCUGCCCAACAGAUCAAGAAGACACAGGAACAUCACCAAUGAUGAAUAAACAUUAUAGGGUCUACUACCAUCUACACCGAAAUCUGAAGAUAUCCUGUAUGCUCUGGUUGCUGCCAACACCCAAAACCACUUGAUGUCAUUAACCACUCUCGACAGGGAUCGCAUCUCAAUCUCUAGUUGACU